GUCGAGCCCCGUAAAAUCCGUGCAUGUACCCACCGUGCCCGAUUCAUGAACGCCAGAAGCUCAGCUCAUUUUCGGGCUGCGAUUGCAUGAUUGGCUCGAGCCGGCCAUGACACUGUGCUUCUGUCCGGUCUGUUUAUGGCAAGCCUCGUUUGGCCUCGUAACUGCCGUUAAGACAAGGCGGGCACGAACCAGCCCGAAGCCAGAAAUAUCUCAGUCGUUGGGGCUAGUGGAUUGGCUUGGAUUGGAAUUGCUGCUCCAGCCAUCUCCAAUGUGCUUUGUUUAUCUAGAAGGGAUGAUGUGGUUAGCAGCUGGACUGCUAAACCAGGUGGGAAGCUGGUGCCCAGUGCCUCCUCUACUAGCGGAGAGAGGGAGGUCCCUCUUGGGCCGUGCGGGACCACCCACACCUCCCUGUCACAAUACGCUGGCUUUGCUUUCCUUCGGCUGGACUCGCGUCGGAUUUGACUUAAAGCCCCUUGACAGUGGCCGAGGAGGGGCUGCGGAAGUUCACAGCGCAGGAGGAGGUUGUGGCUGUGGAUGAGAAGCCGGUUAUCGCAGCGGCAGAGAAGACUGAGAGGGGUGGGGUGGAAGUGUGGUUCACGGGAGGAGCUGUGAAAUUGCGCUGCCUCAGCAAAGCCGAGGAGGAGAAUCUAGUGUCUCGAGGAGGUAAAGGAGGUGGUGAGCUCGAGACAGCCAAGAUUCAUGGGGUUGACCAGGAGACUGGAGAAUGUGGUCAGUCCGACCCCUGCUGACAUCGACAUUGCAAAUUCCGUUGAGCCUCUUCCGAUCGGUGUCAUCGCCGAAGGUCUUGGUUUGAAUCCCAAAGACAUUCACUUUUACGGACCUUACAAGGCUAAGGUUCUCUUGUCUGCUCGCGACCGAUUGAAAGAUGUACAAGAUGGAUUCUAUGUCGUUGUCGGAGGAAUUACGCCUACUCCAUUGGGUGAAGGGAAGUCGACAACAACCGUCGGUCUAUGUCAGGCUAUCGGUGCAUAUUUGGGAAAGAAGGUUGUUACUGCCCUAAGGCAGCCCAGCCAAGGCCCCACAUUUGGCAUCAAGGGUGGCGCUGCGGGAGGGGGUUACAGUCAAGUGAUACCCAUGGACGAAUUCAAUCUUCACAUGACUGGAGACAUUCAUGCCAUCACUGCCUCCAACAACCUUGUUGCAGCUGCCAUUGACGCCCGCAUAUUCCACGAGGCAACUCAAUCGGACAAGGCUCUACUGAAUCGACUUUGCCCCGCAGACAAAGAAGGCAACCGGAAGUUUGCCCCCGUGAUGUUGAAACGUUUGAAAAAGCUUGGAAUCACGAAGACUAAUCCUGCUGAACUUACACCUGAGGAGUCGAAGGCCUUCGUCCGACUAGAUUUUGACAAGGAGCAAAUUACUUGGAAGCGAGUCGUAGAUGUGAAUGACAGGUUUCUGAGGAAAAUUACGGUGGGUCAAGGACCCGAAGAGAAGGGAAUGACCCGAGAGACUGGAUACGACAUUGCUGUAGCCAGUGAAAUUAUGGCUGUUUUGGCCCUCACAACCUCUUUGGCUGACAUGCGGGAGAGACUAGGGAAUAUGGUGCUCGGAACGAGUAAAGCUGGUGAUGCAAUAACUGCCGAUGACCUUGGAAUUGGUGGUGCUUUGACAGUUCUGAUGAAGGAUGCCAUCAACCCGACUCUGAUGCAGACAUUGGAAGGCACACCUGUACUUGUUCAUGCCGGUCCCUUUGCCAAUAUCGCCCAUGGGAACUCAUCCAUCGUUGCCGAUCAGAUUGCUUUGAAGGCAGUAGGACCUGGAGGGUUCGUUGUCACAGAGGCUGGUUUUGGAGCCGACAUAGGGCUUGAAAAGUUCAUGAAUAUUAAGUGCAGAUACAGUGGACUUAAACCCCACUGUGCUGUCAUCGUUGCCACAAUCAGAGCUUUGAAAAUGCAUGGUGGAGGCCCCGAUGUAUCUCCCGGGAAGCCUCUUGAUCAUGCUUACAGGACAGAGAACGUAGACCUUGUGAAGGCCGGUUGCUCAAACCUUGCCAAACACAUUCAGAACACCAAGGCUUAUAAUGUGAAUGUUGUGGUUGCCGUCAAUGUCUUCGCUACAGACACCGAGGCUGAAAUCUCUGCGGUGAGAGAAGCUGCUUUGCAGGCCGGAGCCUACGACGCGGUUGCCUGCACACAUCAUUCCCAUGGAGGAAAGGGAGCUGUGGAUUUAGCGUUGGCAGUCAAGAAGGCCUGUGAAGAGCAAAGUGGAGACUUGAAGUUCCUGUAUCCCCUCGAUCUGAGCGUAAGAGAGAAGAUCGAAGCUAUCGCCAAGUCUUACGGUGCUGCCGGGAUCGAACUGUCACCAGAGGCCGAGCAGCAAAUCGAGACACUUACGAAGCAGGGGUUCGGUGGCCUUCCCAUCUGCAUUGCGAAGACGCAGUACUCAUUCUCACAUAUGCCAGCUGCGAAGGGUGCUCCCACAGGUUUCAUUCUACCCAUCAGAGAGAUCAAGGCCAGUGUGGGUGCGGGUUUUAUCUAUCCCAUCAUCGGAACCAUGAGCACCAUGCCAGGUUUGCCCACACGUCCUGCGUACUACGACAUUGACAUCAACACUGAAACAGGCAAGGUUAUGGGUCUGUCAUAAGCUUAGACACAUUUGUACAUUGUAGCUCAGGAUUUAUGUCGGCGGCUUGUACAACUAUUACAUACUUCAGAGCUGUACAAUAUGAAGAUAUGUCGUCCAAAUUUUGAAUCAAAUACUGGCCAGAAUAUGAAGGACCUUCUCGUGUGUUUACAUGAAGGUCCUCAAGUUCAGAUUGUGUAGGGCACAAGAGGAGGAUGAUGACUUCACUUUUAGUUCUUGGAAUGGAGCAUAAAUGCUUUUGUGCAUCAAUCCAUAUAUUCUUUGCACUUCAUCGAAAAUUUUGCCAAGUGUACAUACUUUAC